AUGGAUUCCCUUGGGGAAAACCCUUGGCUUUCAGCCAUCACUGGAGGGGACUCAUGUGUAGAAGGCCCAAAGAUCUAUCCAUUCGAUAUGGCAAAAAAUUCUGUUGAUGAUCAAUAUGAAGGUUGUAGAAAGGAAAUGUCAGAACUGGUGUUUUCAUCAUUUCUAAAGAAAGAAAUCAAUGAGAAUUCUACAUAUAAAGCAGCUUGGGAAGAAGGGAUAAAGAAUGCCACGAAACCAGCAGAUAACUUGAACAUGUACCAUUCAAUCGCCAUUUAUGUGUACACUAGUAGAAAAGUAUAUGAAGAUUUCAAUUAUGCUACUCGUUAUGAUAAACAAAAAUACAACAGCAGCACAUACAAAUGGUAUUCACUUCAGUUUUUGUUGACGAAAUGUUAUUUAACUUAUCGUGGUACUGAUGUUGAAUUUAAUGUUCUGAGCAAAGAGGUUCGUUUUGGCUCUUUUACAUCUUCCUCUCUUAAUCGGAGUGAAGCACGGUACUUUGGAGAUAAAUCUUGUUUUGAAAUUGAAACUUGUGAAGGUGCUGAUGUGGCAAAAUAUUCUGUGUAUCCUUAUGAGGAAGAGGUGUUGAUUCCUCCAUAUGAGAAGUUUAUAGUCACUGCUGUCAAGAACAAUUCCUGGUGUAAAACUGUGUAUGUGCUGAAAAGCUCGGGAACAGAAAGUAACCUGAACUGUGCUGUGGCAUCAGUCAAACAGACACAUCACAGAUUUAUCAGCCAUAACUGGUCAUGAAAAAACAGAUUUUGCCGUAAGUUCAAUUCAGAAAUCCACCACCCCCUAUUUUAUAAGUGUAAGCACUUUUAUAAUCAAGUUAAAAGAGUUUUAAUUCAAAAAGGUUUUACACCGCCACACCAGUAGAUGUUGGCGCUCAUGGGGUAGAAAAGUAUAUGCAGAUUUCAAUAACGCAGUUCGUAAUGGUAAACUAAAUUACAUAUGGGGAUCAUACAUAUGGUAUUCACUUCACUUUUUGUUGACAGAAGCGAUACAGAUUCUGAAAGAAACACAAAAGAACUGUCUUAACUUAUCGUCGUUCUAAUAUUGAAUUUGGUAAGGGUGUUCUGAACAAAGAGGUUCGUUUUGGCUCAUUUGCAUCUUCUUCUCUCAAUGAAACAGUAAUAAAUAAUUUGGAAAUGUGUCUUGUUUUGAAAUUGAAACUUGUGAAGGUGCU